CAAAAAGCUUUCUCCCUCCAUUUACUUUUUUGGCAUUUGUUUAUUCAAAAACUGUAACAAAAAGAGACAGAGAGCUAAACAAACAGUGGACUGACGAAGAAGCUCUCUCUAACUCUCAGAUCUCUCUUCUUCCAUGUUCCAAAUUUCAAUCAUUGUAACUGAUCUCUGUUUCUCAAUUUACUUACUUCAACCCGAUGCCGAUUCAUACCCCUAGAAGAACCUCUCUGUUCCAAAGAUCCAAAACGUUACCAACAAACUCAUAUCGAAGAUUCACCUCUCCUGUGAUUCCCACUUUCAGAUAUGAUGACGGAGAUACUGUCAGCUACGACGGUGAUGAUUCAAGUAACCUCCCGACGGUUCCGAAUCCCGAGGAAAAACCAGUGCCGGUGCCGAGUCAAUCCCCGAGUCAGAGGAUAACUCGGUUAUGGACUCAGUUCUCUCUCACUCAUUGUCUCAAAUUCAUUUGUUCAUGUUCUUUUACUUAUGUGAUGUUUCUUCGGUCUAAAGUUUCAAGACUAGAGGCAGAGAAUAUAAUCCUUCUAACAAGAUGUAACAGUAGCAGUGACAACAAUGAGAUGGAAGAAACUAAUUCUAGAGCUGUUGUUUUCUUCAGUGUCAUUAUCACCUUUGUGUUACCAUUUUUGUUGUACAUGUAUCUUGACGAUCUCUCACAUGUCAAGAAUCUACUAAGACGAACAAAUCAGAAGAAAGAAGACGUUCCUUUGAAGAAGAGACUAGCUUAUUCGUUGGAUGUGUGUUUUUCAGUGUAUCCAUAUGCUAAGCUUCUUGCUCUUCUGUUGGCAACUGUUGUUCUUAUAGUUUAUGGUGGAUUAGCAUUGUAUGCUGUUAGUGACUGUGGGGUUGAUGAAGCCCUUUGGUUAUCGUGGACUUUUGUAGCGGAUUCGGGAAGUCAUGCUGAUAGAGUUGGUGUUGGAGCAAGAAUAGUUUCUGUUGCUAUAAGUGCAGGUGGUAUGUUGAUAUUUGCUACAAUGCUUGGACUCAUUUCAGAUGCUAUCUCGAAGAUGGUAGAUUCGCUACGGAAAGGGAAAAGUGAAGUUCUUGAAAGUAAUCAUAUACUAAUUCUUGGAUGGAGUGAUAAAUUGGGGUCACUUUUGAAGCAGCUGGCAAUAGCAAAUAAAAGUAUUGGUGGCGGUGUUGUGGUUGUGUUAGCAGAACGAGACAAGGAAGAGAUGGAGACUGAUAUUGCUAAAUUUGAAUUUGAUUUAAUGGGAACAUCAGUUAUAUGUAGAAGUGGCAGUCCACUUAUACUAGCUGAUCUGAAGAAGGUUUCAGUCUCGAAUGCACGUGCUAUCAUUGUACUAGGAUCUGAUGAAAACGCGGAUCAGAGCGAUGCACGUGCCUUAAGGGUUGUGCUUAGUCUUACAGGAGUAAAGGAGGGUUGGAAGGGACAUGUUGUGGUUGAAAUGUGUGAUCUAGACAAUGAGCCAUUGGUAAAGCUUGUUGGUGGAGAACGCAUUGAAACAGUUGUAGCUCAUGAUGUGAUUGGACGCCUUAUGAUACAAUGCGCUCUUCAACCUGGUCUUGCGCAGAUAUGGGAGGAUAUUUUAGGAUUUGAGAACGCUGAAUUUUACAUAAAGAAGUGGCCUCAGCUUGAUGGUUACUGUUUUGAAGAUGUCCUCAUUUCAUUUCCUAAUGCGAUUCCUUGCGGAGUUAAGGUUGCAGCUGAUGGGAAGAUAGUUUUGAAUCCUAGUGAUGACUAUGUUCUGAAAGAAGGUGAUGAAAUACUUGUUAUAGCAGAGGAUGAUGACACUUACGCUCCUGGUUCUCUUCCGGAGGUACGGAUGUGUCAUUUUCCCAAAAUGCAGGAUCCUCCAAAAUAUCCAGAGAAAAUACUUUUUUGUGGAUGGCGUCGUGAUAUUGAUGAUAUGAUCAAGGUGCUAGAAGCUCUGCUUGCGCCUGGAUCUGAGUUAUGGAUGUUUAACGAGGUUCCAGAUCAAGAAAGAGAGAAAAAGUUGACAGAUGCAGGACUAAAUAUAUCCAAAUUGGUGAAUAUAAAACUUGUGCAUAGGCAGGGAAAUGCAGUGAUCAGGCGUCAUUUAGAGAGUCUCCCUCUAGAAACUUUUGAUUCAGUAAGUUGUUUCCUCUUUCUGGUUGAUGUAGCAUGAGAAUAGAUAUGCCACUUUCUUUCCACCAUCUUCAUGAUUACCAAAUCAAAUUGCAGAUCUUAAUUCUUGCAGAACAGUCACUAGAGAACUCUAUUGUUCAUUCAGACUCUCGAUCUCUUGCCACGCUUCUCCUUAUUCGGGAUAUACAGUCGAAACGGCUUCCAUACAAAGAUGCAAAGUCAAGCGCGUUACGGAUAUCUGGAUUCCCAAAUUGCUGUUGGAUUCGUAAGAUGCAGCAAGCUUCAGAUAAAUCAAUUGUGAUAAGUGAAAUUCUUGAUUCAAGAACAAAGAACCUUGUAUCUGUGUCAAGAAUCAGUGAUUACGUACUCUCGAAUGAGUUAGUUAGUAUGGCUCUUGCGAUGGUCGCAGAGGAUAAACAAAUAAACCGUGUUUUAAAAGAGCUUUUCGCGGAAAAGGGUAAUGAAUUGUGCAUAAGACCUGCAGAGUUUUACAUAUAUGACCAAGAAGAGGUUUGCUUUUAUGAUAUAAUGAGAAGGGCUCGUCAAAGGCAAGAAAUCAUAAUCGGUUAUCGCCUUGCGGGAAUGGAGCAAGCUGUGAUUAACCCUACUGAUAAAUCCAAGCUUACUAAAUGGUCCCUUGAUGAUGUUUUUGUUGUCAUCGCCUCAAGUCAGUAACUUACAAAACCCGUAGAUGAUCUCUGACCGUUUGAACUCUCCAGGACGUAACAUGGUACCUUGAGUCCCCAUUUUUUCGCAACUUGGUCUGACCAUUUUCUUAGAAGAAGCAAGAAUCAUUGAAGACCCCAUUUUUUUCCACAACUUGUUCAUUUAGUCACUACGAAACAGAGACAAUUAUUUGUAUAGUAAAUGACCAUACACUCUUCAAUAAAAAUCUGUAUCUUGUUUUAGUUCUACCCAUGAAAUACGUGAUUCAUCAGACAGUUGCAGAGCAAAGUUAAUUCAGUAGUGAAUUUGGGUUCUGGAGCUGGUGUUUGUAUAAGGUGCUCAAUGUAAUAUCAGAACCCUUUUCAUCGAAUCUUAUUGGGCCUCAAAAACAAAAAAG